CGGCCUCUUCCGCUCCACAACUAAUCUCAGAGUCACUACUACCUCUUAGAUCAUCCCAUAUUCUACUGUUAGACAAUCCUUCAGAAUAAUCUCUUUUCUUGCACGUGGGCUUUUUCUUUUAGCCCCCAACUGCUACUGCACACUAGCUUUCUAGCUCCGAGUGGUGUCUCACACUAAACAGCUAUGGAAGCUCCCCGGUCAAAAUGAAGGGACUAUAUGAAGAAACCCAGCUCCCUGGAGCUAGGCUUUUUCAACUGCCAAUUCCAAGAAAAUCUGCGAUUGUGGUCACAAUGGUCGUGAUUUCCACUCUUCUCUCGCUCUACCUGCUUUCAGGAGCGUCUGCCGGUCCGGUGGCACGAUCCUCCAAGCAGAAUGCCUCAGCUUGCGAUAGCGUCAACCAGGGCUAUAACUGCUUCUCCGAGAUCUCGCAUCUUUGGGGCCAGUACUCCCCUUACUUCUCUGUCGAGGAAGAGUCUGCCUCUUCCGCCAUCCCGGAGGGCUGCCACGUCACCUUCGCACAAGUGCUCUCCCGCCAUGGUGCCCGGUAUCCUACCGCAUCCAAGUCCGCGAAGUACGCCAAGGUGAUUGCGAAGAUCCAGGCUGAUGCGACGGCCUACAAGGGGAAUGCGGCCUUCUUGAAGACCUACAAUUACACUCUGGGGUCGGACGAUCUGACUGCCUUUGGAGUGCAGCAGAUGGUCGACUCAGGGAUCAAGUUCUACCAACGCUAUGAGUCUCUGGCGAAGGAACAAACUCCCUUUGUCCGCGCAUCGGGAUCAAGUCGCGUGAUUGAAUCCGGUCAGAAAUUCAUUCAAGGCUUUCAGAACACGAAGCUCAAUGAUUCUCGGGCCCUGCCGGGUCAACUCGCUGCUUCUAUCAAUGUGGUGAUUUCCGAGAGCGCCAACGCGAACAACUCGCUCGACCCCGGUACCUGCACGGUCUUCGAGAACAGUGAGCUGGGCGAUGAUGUUGUCGCCAACUUUACAGACAUCUUCACGCCGCCCAUCCUGAAAAGGCUCGAAGAGGACCUCCCGGGAGUGAAUCUCACCGCAAAAGAGGUCGUCUACCUCAUGGACAUGUGCUCCUUUGACACUAUCGCCCAGUCCAACCCCGAGAGUCAGCUCUCCUCUUUCUGCAACCUCUUUACCCAUGCGGAAUGGGAGCAAUACAAUUACCUCCGUUCCUUGGAAAAGUAUUACGGGUACGGUGCUGGCAACCCUCUCGGCCCGAGUCGGGGAAUUGGUUUCACCAACGAACUGAUUGCGCGUUUGACUCGGACCCCUGUUCAUGACGAGACCAGCACCAAUCGCACUUUGGACUCGAGCCCUGCUACGUUUCCUCUGAACUAUACCCUCUACGCGGACUUUACGCAUGAUAACGGAUUGAUUCCCAUUUUCUUCGCCCUGGGCCUGUACAACGGCACCAAGCCCUUGUCCAAGACCCAGGUGGAGUCCAUGGAGGAGACGGAUGGGUUCUCCGCGGCGUGGACGGUGCCGUUUGGUGCACGAGCCUACGUUGAGAUGAUGCAGUGUGAGGCCCAGCCCGAGCCUCUUGUGCGCGUGCUAGUCAAUGAUCGCGUGGUGCCUCUUCACGGCUGUGCUGUUGACAAGCAAGGACGGUGCAAGCGGGAUGAUUUUGUGCGAGGAUUGAGCUUUGCUAGGUCAGGUGGAAAUUGGGACGAGUGUUUUGCGUGAUGUCCGCGUCAGUCUUUACUUAUGCAUAACAAAAACAAUGCCAAAAGUUUCAGGUGGGUGGG